GGCUUGCAUGCGUUCUCGACAAAAUGUGUUGCGUCUAUGAGGGUGCACAGCAAAAGAGGAGGGGUGUGUGUGUGUGUGAGUGAGGUUUGAACUGGCUGCUCGCAGGGAGGCAGGAAUUAGGCAGAGGAGAGCAGCAAACGUCUGAGGAAGAAGAAGGAGGAGGAGGAGGCAACCUCGUGCUUCAAUCAUGCCUGCACAAGUGAAGGAGGAGCAGAACUCAGAAGGGCCUCCUUCAUUGUCGUCGUCCCAGGAAGUGGGCCGCCAACCCCCGGCCGCCAACGAAGAGGUGGACACCUCCAUCGCCUCGGUCAUGACAUCCACCAACGACAGCUCCACCGAGGCUGGCACGCCUCUGCAGACCGACACGGAGGAGUUAAAGGCUGUGGAACACGAAGGAGAACACAACCCAGUUGAGUUGCAGCAGGAGAACCUUCCACCCUCGAAUCCACCAGAAGGGGUUCAAGAUGACGCCCCCGUGGAACAACCUGCUCCCGAGGCAAACGCUGAACCUUCUCAGUCGUCCAUCACCACCCCAGCUCUGCCCGGCGAGCCUCCUCCAGUCACCCUGGACAACAAGACUCGAGUGUUCCCCGUCCCCGACGCCUAUCGAGCCAUGGGGGGUGACUUACGGUACGGGAGCCUCUCCCGUGGCAGCACCGCCCUCCACAGCUACUGGCCAACGAAAACCUUCCAGCCCGGGGCACACUACACGUUGCCCUUCCUGAGGGACAGCUACGCUCCUGCAGUGGGCGACGACGUGAACCAAUCAGAAAACCCGUUAGAUGUGAGGAAUGACCACCCAGCAGCGACUUACGCGACCCUGGGUGGGGUUCACCCCUUCAGACCCAUCACCACCAUGGAGCUCCUCAGGGAGCCCUCUAGAACCAGAGGUGGCUAUGAUGAUGCCUUCAUGGCCCAGCUGGAGGGGAACUUGAAUCCUUUCUUCCAGGCUAUGUGCCGAGCUCAGACCCUGCAGUUCCCGCACAAACGCAGCAGCAUGGUUAGCCUGGACAGUAUCCGCCGAGACCCUCGCUGGAGGGACCCCAACCUUCACGAGGUCAUCGCCAUGCUCAGCCACCCGAUGGACCCGGUUAAGUCCAACGCCGCCGCCUACCUUCAGCACCUCUGCUACGAGAACGAGUGCAUCAAGAAGGAGGUACGCCAGCUGAAUGGUGUGCCGUCCUUGGUGGACUUGCUGGACCACCCCAAAGCCGAAGUCCACCGGAAGGCCUGUGGAGCCUUGAGGAACAUAUCCUACGGGAAGGACCACAAUAACAAAAUGGCCAUCAAGAACUGUGAUGGCAUCCAAGCUUUGGUCAGACUUCUGAGGAAGUCCAGCAGCAUGGAGGUCAAGGAGUUAGUCACAGGCACCCUCUGGAACCUCUCCUCCCAUGAACCUUUAAAGAUGAUGGUCAUCAACCACGGCCUUCAAACGCUCAACAACGAAAUCAUCAUCCCUCACUCGGGCUGGAGGAGAGACCCAGGUGACCCAUCUAAGCGGCAGAGUGCCGAGUGGACCACCGUCUUUAAGAACACAUCAGGAUGUCUGAGAAACGUCAGCUCGGAUGGAGCCGAGGCUCGACAGCGGCUGAGGGAGUGUGAAGGACUUGUGGAUGCGCUCGUUCAUGCCCUUCACUCGGCUGUGGUCCACAAGGACACGGAUAACAAGUCGGUGGAGAACUGCGUGUGCAUCCUGAGAAACCUUUCCUACCACGUCCACAAGGAGGUGGCAGGGGUGGAGCGCCUCCAGGAGCCUCACAUCACUCAGCUGAUGAGGUCAGUGGGGCCGCACAAGAAGAAGAGCGAGCCCGACUGUUUUGGAGGCAAAAGACCCAAAGAGGAAUGGUUCAGUCACGGCCUGAAGCUGCUGUACCAGCCGGAGGUGGUGAGGCUUUACCUCUCUUUGCUCAGCUGCAGCCACAACGCCAACACCUUGGAGGCUGCUGCCGGCGCUCUGCAGAACCUUGCCGCGGGACACUGGAGCUGGUCCAGCUACAUUCGUGCCACCGUGAGGAAGGAGAAAGGUCUCCCCAUCCUGGUGGAGCUUCUGCGCUCAGACGUGGACAAAGUGGUGAGAGCCGUGGCUAUAGCGCUACGCAACCUGGCCAUGGACAGACGCAAUAAAGACCUGAUAGGAAGCUACGCUCUGAGGGAUCUGGUGGCCAACCUGCCGUGUGGCCAACAGCGUCCGGCCAAGAACCUGGAGGGGGACACGGUGGUGUCGCUUCUCAACACCAUUCAUGAGAUCAUCACCGACAGCCAGGAGAACGCCAGAGCGCUCAUUCACGGACACGGUGUCCAGAAACUGGUGUCCAUUGGAAGGUCAAGCCAAUCACCACGUGAGACCAGAGCUGCUUCUCAUGUGCUGCAGAGCAUCUGGUCCUACAAGGACCUGAGGACCACUCUCACAAAGGCGGGCUGGAACAAAAGCCACUUUAAGCCAACAACCGCAGUGGCGACUAAAAAAUCCAAGAGCGCAAAGCAAAGCAGUGAUGACAUCACUUUGCCUCUCAUGGACAAAAGCCAAGAUGUCUAUUCCAGUUUGGAGGCCACUGACAGAGUUGGGGAUGGAAUUGGAGCUGUUGUUGAAAGAGAUGCAGUCCAGGCCACGAGCGAGAGGAAGCACUUCAUCCGAGCCGGCAGACCCGCCGUUGGCCUCAUGGAUAACAAACCUCCACCAUUGGACUCUUGGGUAUAAACACGAUGGAGCAUUUCUACUCUUCUGGAGACACUCUGUCAUGGACAUUUAUGCAAAUUAAUGCUCCACGUAGAAACAACCACUAUUUCAUUUUGAUGAUAUGUGCCAAAUAUUGACUUGUGUCUAUAAGAUAUACUAUUAGACUUGACAUACACUAUGAAGUAGUCUUAAAUAUGCAACCUGUGGUACAUUAGGACUCCAAAGAAAAUAUUGGUUUACCAUCAAAAUACACAGAAAUGAAAUGAAUGUUUUAUAUAGAUAACAAUUCAAGUUUUAAUAAUAAUAAUGAUAAUAAUAAUAAAAUUGGCCACAGUUGAAUAAUUCUGUCCUUCCUCAGGAGUUUUGAUUCCCGAGCGGGACAGGAUAAGACAAGAUGUGUAAAUGUGUAACAAAGGACUGUUAAUAAGCUAAAUCAAUGCAUUUAUAUUGUAAUAUUUAUUCUAUAUAAUACAGUAUAAAACGGCCCUGUUAUGAAUCCAUGGUGUUAGACGUGUAUGAGCUACACUACCAUCACUACAUCGGCCAUUCUAUACACUUGCUCCUUUUUGCAUUGCAGUGUCGAAUGAAAAAAAAAUGGAAAUAAACCAAUGAGCAGAAUUUAAUUUUGCAUAUG